AUGGAGGUGGACGUGGACGUGGAGGUGGACAUGGACGUGGACGUGGACGUGGACGUGGACAUGGACGUGGACAUGGACGUGGACGUUGACGUGGACAUGGACGUGGACGUGGACGAAGACGUGGACGUGGACAUGGACGUGGACGUGGACGUGGACGUGGACAUGGACGUGGACGUGGACGAAGACGUGGACGUGGACAUGGAGGUGGACGUGGACGUGGACGUGGACAUGGACGUGGACGUGGACGAAGACGUGGACGAAGACGUGGACGUGGACAUGGACCUGGACGUGGACGUGGACGUGGACGUGGACGUGGACAUGGACGUGGACGUGGACGUGGACGUGGACGUGGACGUGGAAGUGGACGUGGACGAAGACGUGGACGUGGACAUGGACGUGGACAUGGACGUGGACGUGGACGUGGACAUGGACGUGGACGUGGACAUGGACGUGGACGUGGAUGUGGACGUGGAUGUGGACGUGGACGUGGACGUGGACGUGGACGUGGACGUGGACGUGGACGUGGACGUGGACGUGGACAUGGACGUGGACGUGGACGUGGACGUGGACAUGGACGUGGACGUGGACGUGGACGUGGACAUGGACGUGGACGUGGACGUGGACGUGGACGUGGACGUGGACGUGGACGUGGACUUGGACGUGGACGUGGACGUGGACGUGGACGUGGAUGUGGACGUGGACGUGGACGUGGACGUGGAUGUGGACGUGGACGUAGACGUGGACUUGGACGUGGACGUGGACAUGGACGUGGACGUGGAGAUGGACGUGGACGUGGAGGUGGACAUGGACGUGGACGUGGACGUGGACGUGGACCUGGACGUGGACGUGGACGUGGACAUGGACAUGGACGUGGACGUGGAUGUGGACGUGGACGUGGACAUGGACGUGGACGUUGACGUGGACAUGGUCUUUGACGUGGACGUGGACGUGGACGUGGACAUGGACGUGGACGUGGACGUGGACGUGGACAUGGACGUGGACGUGGACGUGGACAUGGACGUGGACGUGGACAUGGACGUGGACGUGGACGUGCACGUGGACGUGGACGUGGACGUGGACGAGGACGUGGACGUGGACGUGGACGUGGACGUGGACAUGGACGUGGACGUGGACGUGGACAUGGACGUGGACGUGGACGUGGACGUAGACGUGGACGUGGACGUGGACAUGGACAUGGACGUGGACAUGGACGUGGACGUGGAGGUGGACAUGGACGUGGACGUGGACGUGGACAUGGACAUGAACGUGGACGUGGACGUGGACGUGGACAUGGACGUGGACGUGGACGUGGACAUGGACAUGGACGUGGACGUGGACGUGGACAUGGACGUGGACGUGGACGUGGACAUGGACGUGGACGUGGACGUUGACGUGGACAUGGACUUUGACGUGGACGUGGACGUGGACGUGGACAUGGACGUGGACGUGGACGUGGACGUGGACAUGGACGUGGACAUAGAGGUGGACGUGCACGUGGACGUGGACGUGGACAUGGACGUGGACGUGGACGUGGACAUGGACGUGGACGUGGACGUGGACGUGGACAUGGACGUGGACGUGGACGUGGACGUGGACAUGGACGUGGACGUGGACGAAGACGUGGACGUGGACAUGGACGUGGACGUGGACGUGGGACGUGGACAUGGACGUGGACAUGGACGUGGACGUGGACGUGGACAUGGACGUGGACGUGGACGUGGACGGGGACAUGGACGUGGACAUGGACGUGGACGUGGACGUGGACAUGGACGUGGACAUGGACGUGGACGUGGACGUGGACAUGGACGUGGACGUGGACAUGGACGUGGACGUGGACGUGGACGUGGACAUGGACGUGGACGUGGACGUGGACAUGGACGUGGACGUGGACGUGGACGUGGACGUGGACGUGGACAUGGACGUGGACGUGGACGUGGACGUGGACAUGGACGUGGACGUGGACGAAGACGUGGACGUGGACAUGGACGUGGACGUGGAUACGUGGACGUGGACAUGGACGUGGACGUGGACGUGGACAUGGACGUGGACAUGGACGUGGACGUGGACGUGGACGUGGACAUGGACGUGGACGUGGACGUGGACAUGGACGUGGACGUGGACAUGGACAUGGACGUGGACGUGGACGUGGACGUGGACGUGGACGUGGACGUGGACGUGGACGUGGACAUGGACGUGGACGUGGACAUGGACGUGGACGUGGACGUGGACAUGGACGUGGACGUGGACAUGGACGUGGACGUGGACAUGGACGUGGACAUGGACGUGCACGUGGACGUGGACGUGGACUUGGACGUGGACGUGGACGUGGACGUGGACAUGGACGUGGACGUGGACGUGGACGUGGACGUGGACGUGGACGUGGACUUGGACGUGGACAUGGACAUGGACUUGGACGUGGACAUGGACAUGGACGUGGACGUGGACGUGGACAUGGACGUGGACGUGGAGGUGGACAUGGACGUGGACGUGGACAUGGACAUGAACGUGGACGUGGACAUGGACGUGGACGUGGACGUGGACGUGGACAUGGACAUGGACGUGGACGUGGACGUGGACAUGGACGUGGACGUGGACGUGGACAUGGACGUGGACGUGGACGUUGACGUGGACAUGGACUUUGACGUGGACGUGGACGUGGACGUGGACAUGGACGUGGACGUGGACGUGGACGUGGACGUGGACGUGGACGUGGACGUGGACAUGGACGUGGACGUGGACGUGGACGUGGACGUGGACAUGGACGUGGACGUGGACGUGGACAUGGACGUGGACGUGGACGUGGACGUGGACGUGGACAUGGACGUGGACGUGGACGUGGACAUGGACGUGGACGUGGACGUGGACGUGGACGUGGACAUGGACGUGGACGUGGACGUGGACGUGGACAUGGACGUGGACAUGGACGUGGACAUGGACGUGGACAUGGACGUGGACGUGGACGUGGACGUGGACAUGGACGUGGACAUGGACGUGGACGUGGACGUGGACAUGGACGUGGACAUGGACGUGGACGUGGACGUGGACAUGGACGUGGACGUGGACGUGGACAUGGACGUGGACGUGGACGUGGACGUGGACGUGGACGUGGACAUGGACGUGGACGUGGACAUGGACGUGGACGUGGACGUGGACGUGGACAUGGACGUGGACGUGGACGGGACGUGGACAUGGACGUGGACAUGGACGUGGACGUGGACAUGGACGUGGACGUGGACGUGGACGUGGACAUGGACGUGGACAUGGACGUGGACGUGGACGUGGACGUGGACAUGGACGUGGACGUGGACAUGGACAUGGACGUGGACAUGGACGUGGACAUGGACGUGGACGUGGACGUGGACGUGGACGUGGACGUGGACAUGGACGUGGACGUGGACGUGGACAUGGACGUGGACAUGGACGUGGACAUGGACGUGGACGUGGACAUGGACGUGGACGUGGACAUGGACAUGGACGUGGACGUGGACAUGGACAUGGACGUGGACGUGGACGUGGACGUGGAGGUGGACGUGGACGUGGACGUGGACGUGGACGUGGACGUGGACGUGGACGUGGACAUGGACGUGGACGUGGACGUGGACGUGGACAUGGACAUGGACGUGGACGUGGACGUGGACGUGGACAUGGACGUGGACGUGGACGUGGACGUGGACAUGGACGUGGACAUGGACGUGGACAUGGACGUGGACAUGGACGUGGACAUGGACGUGGACGUGGACAUGGACGUGGACAUGGACGUGGACGUGA